ACAAAAGCUGCAUGCUAUGAGAAUCAACAAAAUGACAGCUGUCAAAAUGACAUUCAUUGAAAGUUAAUUUUUUGCUGUUCUUUUCCGGUAAAAUCUUCCGCCAUGGGUCGUGUAAGAACCAAGACUAUCAAGAAGGCCGCCAAGGUCAUCAUUGAGAAAUACUACACCCGCUUGACUUCGGAUUUCCAUACCAACAAGCGUAUCUGUGAAGAAGUCGCCAUUAUCCCAACCAAGCCCUUGAGAAACAAGAUUGCCGGUUAUGUUACCCAUUUGAUGGGCCGUCUCCGCCACUCUCAAGUGCGUGGUAUUUCCAUCAAAUUGCAAGAAGAAGAACGUGAACGUCGUGAUAACUAUGUUCCCGCUGUUUCUGCUUUGGAACAAGAUAUCAUUGAAGUCGAUCCUGAUACCAAGGAGAUGUUGAAGUUGUUGGACUUCCACAACAUCCGUGGUCUUCAAUUGACAAAUCCCUCUACCAACACAUACAACCGUAGAAACUAGAUAUU